AUGGCUGGUUCCAUUCAUUCACUUUCAACUAAUGAAAUUCACGAUCACAACAAACAUAUCAUUCAACCACCUAAAUUCACAUGGCCGGUUAUUCGUAAAUAUUUCAUUACUCGUUUUUCUUCAUUAUGGGUUGGACGUGAAGAAUUACAACAAUAUUCAUGGAAUGAUAUUUUAAAUCCUUUUUCACCUUUAACAGAAAUGAAUUUACAUCAAUGGAAUUUUUUCUUUUUAGGUUUUUGGGCAUGGACAUGGGAUGCUUUUGAUUUUUUCACUACUUCAAUGAAUGUUACUAAUAUUGCUGAAGAUAUGAAUGUCAGUGUUAAAGAUGUUUCUUGGGGUAUUACUUUAGUUUUGAUGUUGAGAACUGUUGGUGCUAUUAUUUUUGGUCUUUUGGGUGAUUCUAUUGGUAGAAAAUGGCCAUAUAUGAUCAACUUGGGUCUUUUGAUUGUUAUUCAAAUUGGUACUGGUUUUGUCACUACUUAUGAACAAUUCUUGGGUCUUAGAGCUUUAUUCGGUAUUGCUAUGGGUGGUAUUUAUGGUAUUUGUGCUGCUGAAGCUUUAGGUGAUGCUCCAAAGAAAGCCAGAGGUAUUUUAUCUGGUUUGUUCCAAGAAGGUUAUGCUUUUGGUUAUUUAUUGGCAGUUAUUUUCCAAAGAGCCAUUGUUGAUACUACUGCCAAAGGAUGGAGAUCUCUUUUCUGGUUUAGUGCUGGUCCUCCAGUUAUUUUCAUUAUUUGGAGAUUCUUCACUCCAGAAAGUAAUGCUUAUCAACUUCAAAAGGCAAGAUUUGAUAAAAGUGCUCAAGCUAAAAACUCCAAAUUUGUUGAAUUUAGAUCUCAAGCUAAAAAAGCUUUAUCUCAAUAUUGGUUGAUUAUUAUUUAUUUGGUUUUGAUGAUGGCUGGUUUCAAUUUCUCUUCUCAUGGUUCUCAAGAUUUGUAUCCAACCAUGUUGACUAAACAAUACCAUUUCAGUGAAGAUAAAUCUACUGUGGUUAAUGUUUGUGCCAACUUGGGUGCUUUAGCCGGGGGUAUUGUCAUUGGUCAUUUGUCUACUUUUAUUGGAAGAAGAACUGCUAUUUUAUGUGGUAAUAUCAUUGCUGGUAUUAUGAUUUACGCUUGGGCUUUCCAUCCAAUGUGGAUCACUGCUUUCCUUAUGCAAUUUGGUAUUCAAGGUUCUUGGUCCGUUGUUCCAAUUCAUGUUUCUGAAUUGUCUCCACCACAAUUUAGUGCUUUUAUCGUUGGUGUUUGUUAUCAAUUGGGUAAUUUGGUCAGUUCUGCUUCUUCAACCAUUGAAGCUACUAUUGAAGAACAAAUCCACGAUUAUGGUAAAACCAUGGCUAUUUUCAUUGGUGCUGUUUUGGGUUAUUUGAUGCUUACUGUCUUCCUUGGUCCAGAAAAUAGAGGUGCCGCAUUGGGUGUUGAAAGAAAUGAUGUUUACAGUCAUUAUGAUAGUGGUAGAGAAAGUGAUCUUGAAGAAGGACAAGUUAUUGAUGCUUUAGAUAAACCACAACUUGAACAUAAAGAAGAAGCUUAA